AGCAAGCAGCUGGCACGUUCUCUGUGUGUAGCGUUAGAUAUGGCUUGUUUGCUUCCGCUCCUUAUUUCUUUAUGGGCUUUAUUUUCAAAUGGUUUGUCAUUUAAUAGACACCACGGGAGAGCAGUUGUAAAUCUGGUUUCUGUACAGGAUCGUUGGUUUGUGCAAAGACUUGAUCAUUUUAGUGGCGCAGAUACUAGAGUCUGGAAACAGAGGUAUUUUAUGAAUGAUUCCUUUACACAGACUGAUGGUCCUGUAUUUCUGAUGAUUGGAGGUGAAGGAGAAGCCAACAAAGCUUGGAUGACUUCUGGUACUUGGUUGACCUAUGCUGAGAAGUUUGGAGCCUUUUGCCUAAUGUUGGAACACAGGUUUUAUGGCAAAAGUCACCCAACUGAGAAUAUGAACUUGGAUAAUCUUCGCUACCUGAGCAGUCGUCAAGCCCUAGCAGAUAUUGGCCAUUUUCAGACUGUGAUGACACAGGUUUUGGGCCUUUACAAUCGUAAAUGGGUUGUUUUUGGUGGCUCUUACCCUGGAUCACUUGCAGCAUGGUACAGAAUGAAAUAUCCUCACCUGGCACAUGCUGCAGUAGCAAGCAGUGCUCCUGUGAAUGCUGUUAUUAAUUUUACUGAAUAUCUGGAAGUGGUACAGUCGUCUUUGGGAAAAAAUAAGUCAACUUGUCCUACAUCAAUUAAAGAGGCUUCAGAGUCUUUGCUUCAGCUGUUAAAAUACCAAGAGAACUAUGAGAAAAUCACAGAUGACUUUAAACUGUGUGAGUUGCUGCAGAUUAAUUCAGCAAUGGACCUUGCCUUCUUCCUAGAUGCUGUUGCUGAAUAUAUAAUGGAUGUUGUUCAAUAUAACAAUGACAACCGAGAAUUUGAGGGUGUGAAAGGCACAAACAUGACAAUUCAGGUUGUGUGUGAUAUCAUGGCAGACCUAUCAAUUGGGGCUCCAUAUGACAGAUAUGUUGCUGUAAUUCAAUCACUCUUGAAAGCUCAUCAGGAAAAGUGUAUUGAUGCAAAUUACAAGAAAUAUAUUGAAAAGAUGAGCAACACCAGCUGGGAAGGAUCUACUGGAGAGCGGCAGUGGGUUUACCAAACAUGUACCGAGUUUGGAUUUUUCCAGUCUUCAGACUCCAUUUCACAACCUUUCUCUGGCUUCCCUUUAAGGUUUUAUGUUCAACAAUGCAGCGAUAUAUAUGGACCAGCAUUAACUUUCUCUGCUAUUGCAGACUCUAUUCAAGAAACCAAUGAAUAUUAUGGUGGCUUUAACAUACAGGGCAGCCGAAUAAUUUUUCCAAAUGGAUUGAUUGACCCUUGGCAUGCACUGGGGAUUAAUGCCAACCUCAGCAGUGAACUUUUGGCGAUUCAGAUGCCAGAUGCUGCUCAUUGUGCAGAUAUGUAUCCUGCAAGACCUGAAGAGCCAGCUUGUUUACCUUUUACAAGACAGUACAUCUUUGAGAUAUUAAAUAAAUGGCUGCAGUUAUAAGGUUUCUUCUGGUCUGGAACUGUGUGACACCUACCUAUGUCUGCACCAGGAAUGUAUUCCAUGUGGAAAUAUCAUAAUGUAUGUUACAGUCAAUGUCAAGAUAAACAGUAUAUCUGGAUUUUAUGUAAAUAAACCAUGUUUAGUCUGAUAGCCAUAAAACAUUUUGUUGGGCUCUCUGGGGAAAAAUACAUUUUUACUUAAAAUUAUCACUUAAAUUCCCAAGUUGUUAAGGUAAUUAUUGUAUUUUGUUGUUCAUAGACCGCUGCAUCUGUUAUUGUCUGCUUUUUGUAUACCUCUAUCUUAUACAAAUAAACAGCUGUUUGUCUCUCA